GAGGGAAUGUUUACAUCCGACGAGUUUGACAGAUAAGUAAUUCAACAAAAUGUCUGUUUUGAGGAUGAUCGAAGGAUUCUUAUUAAAUGUGGAUGUUCAUCAAAUCUUGAGUAUUACUGCAAGCUGAGAAACAUGCAUAUAUUCCGUGGUGACUUGUGUGGUAGGUAGUAAAAACUGAAAGACAAGACAUUCUGUUUUCCUUCGUCGUGCAAACACUGACUGUACUGUACUGCAUGCUGUGACUCCAUCCAUGCUGUGAUUUAGAAUGCUGUUAACAGGACGUGUUCAUCGUGAUCAUGUCCUCAUUUUUGAUGUCUUUGGAUGAUCUUCUUCCACGAUACAACCAAUGAUCAAACUAUCCUCACCUUACCUCAAAUGGACUUGCGAGGGCGCUCCAGCUUAUGUAUGCUGUCAACUUUGUAUGCUGUCAACUUUGUGUGCUUAGUGCCUCAUCUAAGAUGGAAUGACACUAGGAAAACUGCCUACCAGUCAACCAGCACCUCUCCAACCUGGAUGCUUAGUUUCAACUCUGAGUUGACAUAUAAAGUGUGCUGUUGUUCCUGGCCAAGGUCAAUCAAAGGUCAUGCUACAGAGGGAACAUCUUCAUUACAUCUUAAACAUGUUCUGACAUCUUACUCUCAACUGAGCUGUGAUGAUUGAUUUCAACAUUUACAUCUGCUUGUGAUUCCUACAUGGACAGCAAUGUUUGGAUUCCUUCAUGGACAGCGACGUUUUGAUUCCUACAUGGACAGCAACAUGAGGAUUUCUUACAUGAACAGCAACAUUUGAUUCAGACAUUGACAAUGUUUAAAGACAAUGGACACUAUUGGUAAUUGUCAAAGACUAGCCUUCACAGUUGGUGUAUCUCAACAU